AUGGACAAAGAACUUGCCGUACAGUCCCUCACGGACACCAUGGCCAAAUUUACAGCCUAUAUUGGCAAACGUUUACCCAAAGAUGUCAAAAGUAAACUGAUUGAGCUCAAAACCUUGGAAACCAACCCAUUGGCCAAAUCAAUUUAUGAUUCAAUGGAUGAAAACCAAGAAGCAGCAGAUCGAUUGAAUCGUCCCAGCUGCCAAGACACAGGUGUGAUUCAAUAUUUUGUUGAAGCGGGUGCACAUUUCCCACUGUUGGGUGAGUUACAGGAAAUUUUACGUGAAGCGACCGAAGAGGCGACCCGUACAGGCCCCUUGCGCCACAAUGCAGUUGAAACCUUUGAUGAGAAAAACACGGGCACCAAUACGGGCACCCAAAUUCCGUGGCUAGACUGGCGCAUCGUCCCGGAACAGGAUACCUGUACCAUCGAUGUCUAUAUGGCAGGCGGCGGGUGUACCUUGCCAGGUGCAGCUAAAGUUUUGAUGCCAGGUCAAGGCUACGAAGGUGUAGCUGAGUUCGUGAUGGAUGUGAUUACCGAGCGUGGUGUGAAUGCUUGCCCGCCGUUACUGGUCGGUGUCGGGGUGUCCACUUCAGUUGAAACCGCUGCACGCUUGUCCAAACUGGCCAUUAUGCGCCCUGUAGACUCAAGAAGUGAUAACCCUCGUGCUGCACUGAUGGAAGACUUGCUGGAACAAGGCUUGAAUGAAAUUGGCAUUGGCCCACAGGGCUUAACAGGCAAUAACAGCGUCAUGGGCGUCAAUAUUGAGUCUUCGGCUCGUCACCCAUCCACCAUUGGCGUGGCAGUCAACACCGGUUGCUGGGCACACCGCCGUGGCAAAAUUAAAAUUAACCCUGAUAUGAGUUGUGCUAUGAAAAAAGUACUGACCACCCCAUUACGUGAUGAAGACUUAGCCGAUCUUAAAAUUGGUGACGUGGUAUAUCUAACUGGACGUUUAGUUACUUGUCGUGAUGUGGCACAUCGCCGCUUAAUUGAACAAGGUCGACAACUUCCCGUGAAUUUAGAAGGCGGUGCGAUUUUCCAUGCUGGCCCCAUCGUGCGUAAAAAGGAUGAUGGCGGUUUUGAAAUGGUCUCCAUUGGGCCCACCACCAGUAUGCGUAUGGAAAAAUUUGAACGCGAAUUUAUCAAACAAACUGGGGUGAAACUGAUUGUGGGUAAAGGUGGCAUGGGCCCUGAGACUGUCGCAGGCUGUCAGGAGCACAAAGCAGUCCAUGCGAUUUUCCCUGGAGGAUGUGCGGUACUGGCAGCCACUCAAGUCGAGGAAAUUGAAGGCGCUGAAUGGCAAGACCUCGGGAUGCCUGAAACCUUAUGGAUUAACCGCGUCAAGGUAUUUGGCCCGCUGAUCAUCUCGAUUGAUACCCAUGGCAAUAAUCUUAUUCAGCAAAAUAAAACCCAGUUCCAAGCCAAAAAGAAACCAGUGCUGGAUCGGAUUAAAUACGGACAUUGCAAUCGAUGUAACGAGAUCAAGCUCAUGAUGGAUCAUGUAACCAUAAAGAAACCGCUCUAUAUUCCCUAUGCAGCUCAUUCACUUUUAGAACUGCCGUUGUUGAAUAAAGGAGCUGCAUUUUCAAUACAAGAACGCAAUACCUUCAAUUUACACGGCCUAAUUCCACACGUGAUCGAAACCAUUGAGGAACAAAGUCGCCGCUCCUAUCAGCAGUAUUUAUCUUUUAAUGAUGACAUCAACAAACAUAUCUAUUUACGCAAUAUCCAAGAUACCAACGAAACUCUGUUUUACCAUCUGCUCAAACAUCACUUAAGUGAAAUGAUGCCGAUCAUUUACACCCCAACUGUGGGUGAGGCCUGCCAACGUUUUUCCGAUAUUUAUCGCCGACAUCGUGGCAUUUUUAUUUCCUACCCAGAUCGCGCGCAUAUUGAUGAAAUUCUACACAACGUCAACCGCAAAAAUGUCAAAGUUAUCGUGAUGACCGAUGGAGAGCGGAUCUUAGGUCUUGGUGAUCAAGGCAUUGGCGGCAUGGGGAUUCCCAUUGGCAAACUGUCGCUUUAUACCGCCUGUGGCGGUAUCAGUCCAGCCUAUACCUUGCCCAUUACACUAGAUGUUGGGACCAAUAACCAACAGUUACGCAACGAUCCUCUGUAUUUGGGUUGGAACCACCCCCGUAUUAGUGGCGAUGAAUACAAUCAAUUUAUCGAUGAUGUGAUUCGUGCCAUUCAACGACGCUGGCCGAAGGCCCUGAUACAGUUUGAAGAUUUUGCUCAGCAAAAUGCCAUGCCUUUACUAACUACCUACCGUGAACAAAUCUGUUGUUUUAAUGAUGAUAUUCAAGGUACGGCGGCUGUAGCGUUAGCUAGCCUGAUUGCAGCAUCUCAUGUGGUGAAAAAGCAGGUCAAAGAUCAAACGAUUGUUAUUUUAGGUGCAGGUUCAGCAGGCUGUGGUAUUGCAGAACAAAUUAUUGCACAAAUGAAAAUUGAAGGGCUCAGCGACCUUGAAGCACGCUCACGUCUUUAUUUGGUAGAUCGCUUUGGUUUAAUGACUGAACAGCAACCCAACUUACUCGAUUUUCAAAGCAAGUUGGCGCAGCCUUUGCGUGCCAUUGAGACAUGGGCAAAUGUAGCGCCAGAGAUUUCUCUGCUCGAAGUCAUUCAGCAUGCCAAACCCACAGUAUUAAUCGGAGUUUCAGGACAAACUGGCUUAUUUAGCGAAGAGAUUAUUCGCGCACUGGCUGAAAACUGUGAACGCCCGAUCGUCUUUCCCUUGUCCAACCCCACCUCUCAGGUCGAAGCGCUCCCCACAGAUAUUAUUCAAUGGACAGAGGGUAAAGCCUUAAUCGCAACAGGCAGCCCAUUUGCACCAGUACAUCAUCAAGGCCAUAUUUACCCCAUUGCUCAGUGCAAUAAUGCUUAUAUUUUUCCUGGGGUUGGUCUAGGUGUCAUUGCCUCAGGUGCGCAAAGCGUGACCGACCUGAUGUUAAUGGCCGCGAGUAAUGCUUUAGCCAGAUGUUCACCCAUGCUGAAAAACCCAGACCAUGAUUUACUGCCAAGUAUUGACGCCAUUCAGGACAUCUCUAAAAUUAUCGCCUUACAG